UGCUCCGUGAACACCCCUCGGGAGGUCACCCUGCACUUCCUGCGCACGGCCGGGCACCCCCUCACCCGCUGGGCCCUGCAGCACCAGCCCCCCAGCCCCCAGCAGCUGGAAGAGGAGUUCUUGAAGAUCCCCCCGAACUUUGUCAACCCCGAAGAGCUGGAUGUCCCCGGGCACGCCUCCAAGGACCGAUACAAGACCAUCUUGCCAAAUCCCCACAGCCGCGUGUGUCUCGGGCGGGCACGGAGCCAAGAGGAUGGGGACUACAUCAACGCCAACUACAUCCGAGGCUACGACGGGCAGGAGAAGGUCUACAUUGCGACCCAGGGCCCCAUGCCCCACACCGUGGCGGACUUCUGGGAGAUGGUGUGGCAGGAGGAAGUGCCGCUCAUUGUCAUGCUCACCCAGCUCCGCGAGGCCAAGGAGAAAUGUGUCCACUACUGGCCCACGGACGAGGACACCUACGGGCCCUUCCGGAUCUGCGUCCGAGAGGAGAGGGAGCUCCCGGAGUACACCGUGCGGCAGCUCACGGUCCAGCACCAGGAGGAGUGCCGGUCGGUGAAGCACGUCCUCUUCUCGGCCUGGCCGGACCACCAGACCCCGGAGUCGGCCGCGCCACUGCUGCGCCUGGUGGCCGAGGUGGAGGAGAGCCCAGAGGUGACCGCCAGCUCCGGGCCCAUCCUGGUCCACUGCAGCGCAGGGAUUGGCCGAACCGGCUGCUUCAUCGCCACCCGCAUAGGCUGUCAACAGCUGAAGGCCCGAGGGGAAGUGGACAUUCUGGGCAUCGUGUGCCAACUGCGGCUGGACAGGGGGGGCAUGAUCCAGACCUCGGAGCAGUACCAGUUCCUGCACCACACCCUGGCCCUGUAUGCUGCCCAGCUGCCCGGGGAGCCCAGCCCCUGACCCCCCAGCGCCCUCCGCCAGCCCAGGCGCCCCCUUCCCCAGGCCCGGGAAGGUGGGUAGGAGAAAGGGGGCCUUGCAACCCAGGGUGCCCCCCGGCUGGACCUGGGAAAAGGGUGCCCCCUCAGCGAGGGUGUGUGGCCACCGGACCCUGAUCAGCCAGGACCACGGCCAGACUCCAGGUCUUCACCACCAGCCACGCCUCUGCUUCCUCCAGUGGCCCCCAGUGGCCGUCAGGGGAGCUGCCUUGACUCAGAACUUGAGGCCAGGAGCUGGCAUUCGAGCAGACCUGAGAGGGACAGACGGUGCCCGGUGCCUGGAGCUCGGCCUCCGCGGGUACGACAGGGGCAUUUGUGCUUCACUGCCGUUAAGGAAGAGCGAUCCAGCCGGCCAGCGUGGCUCAGGGGUUGAGCGUCGACCUAUGACCCAGGAGGUCAGGGUUCG